AAUACAUACAACGUGAAGGCUUAAUUCCUUGAUGUUAUAAUCCAUGCUUUUUGGCAAUCUACAACAUAAUUUCCUGGAACUUUUUCUCAUUUUAAAAGAUCAAGAAUUAUCUAUAGAUGUGCAGAUAAACGGAUGUCGCGUGACAUGUGCGCUACAAUACUCACAACCGCCAUGGAAUUUUCGAAUGGAGUAAAUUGCUGACUUUAUUAUUUUCUCAAAACGUUAAUUUGUUUUUUAUCUAUAAAUGAGGCUAACGACAGCUUGUGAUCUCAAGCACGAAUACGAUUUCUACGUUUUUUGGCGGCAUGUAUAAUCAAAGAUGGCUUGAACUCGCCAAAAAAAACACUUGGCCUUUCUGAUCGACUGACGUGAACUCAAAAGGGAAAAUGCAAAGCUCAGAAGCUGUGAAAGGUGUACUUCAGGAUACACAUUUAUUAAACACAGGUUUUGGUCGGCCUGAACCUACGAGGACUACGCAAACUACCAGACAUCGCGCAAGACCCGUAUCAGGUAGGCAAAAACUUGUAAAGCGUCAAACUCUUGUAAUGUAUUGUGUACUUCUAAACAAAGCUUAUUAUUGCAAAGUUUGGAUUGGUAAAACGUAUUGUACAUUUGUAAUCUAAAAGUCGUUAAGCCGGGGGUGUUUGUUCACAAUAAAUAUUUGUAGGAUUAACAGUUUUUUAACAGUAUAAUGCUGUAAAUUAAUCCUUUUUCCCUUGCCUUUUUAAAAUUAGAAAGAAACUAAGUUUUCUACUGAUAGGUAAGUAUGGAAGACCGACAGGGCUAACAACUUUUGUUCAUUUCCAUGUGUCCCAUUUGCUGCAUUUGAGUCUAUAUUGUGCGGCAUUAACUUCCUAAUGACGAAAAUUCUGCGAUGCCACCCCUAGUAAAAGGCUAUGUUCACAAUGUACCGCAGUAGCUCUUGUGCCGACCUGAAACCAUACUGGAUAGGGCUUCUCUUCACAUAUCUUGACUUGAUAUUUCUGUGCAGUGCCGAUCCUGAAAGUGCAUCAUCACAUAUGGGAUAGAUUUCUGCCACUCUUUGCAGCAGUGUGAACAGGUGUUCAGACUGCAGCGGAGGUAAAUACUUAGGCAUGAGUACUGGUCCCCAUUCUUGGCCAACCGCUCUGGUAAAAUGUUUGAUGUGUAUGAACGACUUGCUCCAGUUCUGUGCCUUGUUUACAAAGUACCAGAUAGCAUUUCAAGUUGGCACAAAAAGCUACCUAGCACAGUAUAUUGUAGAUAUUAAAGGUCAAAAAUUAAAUUCAGAUUUUUUUUAACCUAGGUUGAUUCUCAAUUUCCUUUGUCUCCUAGCCCUAAUUCAUGAAUAUAUAACGAGGGCUAGGAGACAAAGGAAAUUGAGAAUGUGUAGUUCCAGAAAAUAUCCGUUCUCUCCCCAUGGAAGGGAUUGGAAAUUCCUGGGGGGUGGGGGGGUCUCAAAGGCCCAAAAAUUUAAGUAAAUGUAUGAAGCUUGACUGGAAUUUCCAGAGAGGUGGGGGGGGGGGGUCUAAGAAAAAAAUCCCUUCUGUGGGGGAGAUAUGGAUAAUUCUUGGAACCACACAAUCAACCUAGCUGAAAAAAUUUUAACCUGAGUUCAAUUCUGACCUGUAACAAUUUUUAGGCAUGCGUCUUGUGCAUCUUGAAAUCACCCAGGUGCAGAACAUAAAUAACUGUAUAAACUAGCUUGGUGUUCCUUAUUAACAUAAAAUUUAGGCUAGUACAAUGUACCUCUUGCACGUCUGCCAUGGUAGGAAACUUAGGCCAUCUGAGUGUCAGAGAUGGUUACUUUUCAAUUUAGAAGAACAGAAAUUUAAAUGAUCUCAGUUCUUAGUGGCAAAAGCUUCUCUUAAGAGCUCUUAACCUAACAAUAAAACAAAACAUAACAUUCCUCCAGAAAAACUUCACCAUUACUCUUUUGUGUUAAUGAUUUGGUUGUCUGAUUGCACAGGCAAGUUGUACAAAUGUAGAAUGUAUCCAUGCACAAAAAGAUGUUGCUCUUUUCCAAAGGGACUAGUGAAAUUGUUAAGAAAUUUUUCGUUCCUUGUGCAUCUGUACUAACCAGUAUCUUCUUACAUUAAAAUUAAAAAUUGCAAAACUGAUUUUACUCUGUUCAGACUGAUCAUUGCUAUUUGGAUCUCUCUUAUCCACAGCACCACCAGCCAGCCAGCCUCGUUGGAGAUUUCCAAACUCUCCAGAGCCUAAAAGAGCAAGAAAAUUUCAUGUGAGCCUCAAUCACACUCCAUUUGAAAGUAGAACCAGCCAAAAAGCUCCAUACGCCCCUAGAGCCACCAUAGGAGGUAGCACAACACUACGGGGAAAGGAAUUCUCUCCAGCAGUUUACAAUUCCCUCAGUGAUCCUCAUUUGAAUCCUUACUUUUCCAGAAAGUUUGGAAAAAGUGCUUCUUUGAGGGAAUCAGGGGUUUCAAAGUCAAAGGUGUGUGAUUAUAAAACAAAUAGCUGUUUAGUGUCUUUAGUCACCUGACACCCUAAUCUACAAUGUACAUACACACGUACAUGUUUGAUACAUGUAAGUUAUCUUAUUUUAUACAUGUACAUACCGCUGUUGUCUAGCCCGGGAGUUUUGGCUUGGGGGGCAGGAGUUGCGGUACUCUCAUAAGUUAAUUUCAGAUAGGUGCUUGUCACCCAGGGUCUUAAACUCUGACCUUGUUUAGGAAUGAACCCAAAAAAUUACACCCUAUUUAAGAGAAAACAAAAACUAAUAAUUUAAUGGCAACACAUAAACCUUUCCAAAUACACUGAGGGAUACAGUGGAAGCCCUAUUGACAGACACUUUCAUUAGGAGACAGCUCUAUUUGAACAUGUACAGCCACCUUCAAAAAAUCCUGUGACAACUCCCAUAUAAACUCUGUAGUUUUAUAUUCCCGUGAUUAAGUGGACAUUCCUUUAAGCAGCUGUGACCGGACACUUUCAGGGUUUCGGGUUUGAUAUUGGCUUUGUUUUUAGGCUUCCAUACACACAGACUACACGAAAUGAAAUCUUAUUCUCCUCUGAAUCUGUAUUUUAAUAAAUGAACUUGAAAUUGCUGUUCAUCACAAUGAAUUUUAUAUCAGUUUCAGCUAUUGCUUUUUUUUCACAGGUUAUACAUAUACAUUGUAAGCUUGUUAGUUGUAACAAUUAUUGACAGUUUAUAUUAUAACUGUAGAGUGGAUAGUUUGCAUGUCUCUAUAACUCCGAUAGCUAUGUUGGCUUGAGUUGUAUUCUCCUUGUAUGGUCACCCAUGCCAAACAGGUUGAAGGGUAGAUGCCAGAUGAAGACUGUUAAUUGUUCAGGUCCAAAAAUUGGCUAAUAACCCACUCAUGUAAAGCACCCUUAUUACACCAAAAGUAGUGUUUCCACUGUACCCUGGGAGCAGAAGCAAAAGUCACUAUUAACAAUAGAGUCAGAUGGAGAAAAUUACAUGUAUAGUAGUUCCUUGGAUUGAAGAGGACUAAUGAUGAUGAUGAUGAUGGUGAUCAUUAUAAUUAUUAGGAACUCUGUUAAGUGGGUACAUUGUAUAGGUACAGUACAUUAAUUCAUGUACCUAGCUGUCAUCCCAAGGGAUGCGAUUCUUGAGCCAUUUCCAAGGUCUGAAAGUGUGUUGAAAAGUAUCAGGGAUUUCGUACUUCUUUGACAAUGAUUUAAGUGAUACGAAACAUUUUUAAAGAGUUUUAAGGUUUUUAAACAAUUUUUUACUAUGCAUUAUUUUACCAAGAUGGCUAUUUAAUACUACAGCUAUAGAUAUCCCUUUAUUUCCAUCAGGGAAGAAAAGGAAGUAGCAGUAAGACAAAGAAAAAAGGUUAGAAAUAUAUGUAAUUAAUUGUAACUGUUAAUUUUUUUUUUUACAUACCCUCAUUGGCCCCAAUUGUCUUUCCUCUGCCAUUUACACUGAAAUUAUUUUAACACUUCAAAACUUAAGUUCCUCUUUUUUUUGUUUGUUGAAGGAGUCACCUACAAAGUAGUGGUGAAAACGGGAGCCAAGAAAAAUGGUGGCACAGAUGCGAAGGUACUGUAAACAUCUGGGCCCAGUUGUUCGAAGGCCGAUUAGCGACUAACCCAGUGUUAACUUUAACCCAGGUUUCCACUUCUUUUAUUCAAAAGCAUUUUCUUGGAUAUUUUUCUCUGUUAUUUUUAAGAGCAUCCAAUAAUCAACUUGUUGACAAGAAUUUACUUUCAAAGCUUUCAUAUCUGAAUUCAAAUUCUGCACUAACCCUGGGUUAUCUUAACCCAGCUUUGAACAACCGGCCCUGUCCUGUAUCUAUGCAAAUCAUUUUACCAUGAUUACUUUUUAAUACUUAGCUUGUCAUGGGUUUUUAUGUACCUCAUUACCAGACACUGGUGGAUAGAUAUGGCUUCACACAAUUUUGAAAUUAAACUCUGCUUUUUACUUUUCACUUGCAAUUAGAUUAUUUUAAAAUUUAAGUGCCGGUACUUUUCCAGGUCUGCAUGAGCACAUUAUCCACCAUCUAUUGUUUUAUGAAAAUAAUGUCUAAAAAAGCAUGAAAAACUGGCAUAUGCUGCUGGGAUUCUAAUGCAUUGAAACAAAAUGGUUACAGUAAAUUCCCAAGGCUUUUUGUGUAAACCGCAAACUAUUGUUUUACAUUAAAAAAAAUUGUUAAUCCUGGGAAAGUAUUAUUUUAAAAAGCUGCUUUGUUUUAUAGAAAGUAUUAUUAAAUAAAUAAUAUAAAUUCUCAUUAUCAGGCAAAUUUUUGUUAAGGUUAUUUUUUAGGUCCCUAAAAAAAGGGAAAUAAAAGAAAAACAAUGUUUUCUCAAAAGCAAACUGCCAUUAAGUAAAUUAUGUUAAUGCUACUACAAGUACUAACUUUUUGCUUUAAAAUAAUCAACACCUCUGAGAUUCAUGAAUCAUCUAUUAGUAUUCAUCUUCUGUUGAAAUUCUGAAAUCUCACUUCAGGUUUUUGCUGAAUUUCGAGGGACAACAGGCAAAUUUACUCGACACCUCACACACCAAAUGGAUUCUGCUGUACCAUCAGCAUUUAUUGCUACCCUACCACCCUUCCAGUUCCACUCAGGAAGCACAGAAACCUUCAACAUUAAAGGACCAGAUAUUGGAGAGCUCAUCCAACUCACUAUACAGGUAAUGGCAAUGAGUAAAAAUAAUGUGCGCACAUGCUGUUCGUUAUCAUUUUUUUCCAUUUUUUAGUUUUGAAACACAUGAAAAUCAUCUGCUUGGUUGACAUGUACUGUAAUUAAGUGCAUCGUGCAUGGAGCAGAUGCAAGGGAUUAGAUGGGGUGAAGUGUACAGUAUUUGGUAUGAAAAGGAGAGUACAAGGUUACUUAGGAACCCUGGCCUGUAGAUGUGCCCUUGAGUAAAUUAUUUUCCUUUGCAUACAAUACUUUUAUUUCAUUGACAAAAUGACAAGCUUAGGAGCAGAAGUCUUUAUAUAUGAAAAGUUUGAAGUUUGAACUGGGCUUACUGACCUCCAUAUUUAUAUACUAUUAUAGGGGGUUGGAGAAGUAAGAACAUGCACUUUAACUCUGAAAGCUGCUUUAAAACUUGAGCACAUAUUAAUAAAUUUUGACCCAACAGCAAAUCAAAGCAAGCAAUGGAAGUGCAGUCGACUCUUUCUAAGAUGGACACCUUUGGGACCUGUACUAAGUGUCCAUCUUAGAGAGGUGUCCGUCUUAUAAAGAGUCAAAUAAAAGGAGUAAAGAAAGGCAGGGACCAACUCUAGGUGUACGUUUUACAGAGGUGUCUGUUAAGAGAGAGUCGACUGUAUUAUGCAAUGUUACAUGUAUCGCUUUUACAGUAGAACUGUUGCUUAAGUCUAAUCACUGUUUGCCCUGCAUAUAGCCUACUUACAUGGGCUGUAAAACUAGCCAGCUGCAAGCCUCUUCCUAAGGUAACUCCCUCUAAAGCCAAUGAUUUAAUUUUUCUUUGAAACUUGUUCACAGUUGGUAUUGUAUAAGUUUUUUGUUUUGAUCUGUAGCAUGAUGGCAGAGAACGCAAACAGGGGUGGUUCCUUGAUGAGAUCCAGGUGACAGAUCCUAAAAAGCCUCAAAGCUGGAUAUUUCCUUGCUACCAGUGGUUGUCGCUGUAUGAGAGUGACUGCCAAAUACGACGCAGUCUAAAACCAUUGGUUCAUAAAAAGUCAGAGAAAGUUGGUAUGUGUAGCUACAUGCACCUAGAUUUUAUACAGUACAUUUGUAGUCAAACCUUAUUAAUAUGGACACUGAGGGGGCCAUAGAAAGUGCACAUAUUAAUGGGGUGUCUGUCUUAAGUGGUUUGAAUUUAGAGAAAAUUAAUGGAAGGUCUAUCUUUCCCCAGGGACAAAGCAAAUCACUGCAGUGUAUAUUUCAUAUUCGAAGAGUAUGUGUUGGAUAUGAGAUAGCCAAUGGUAGAUAGGUAGAUAGUUGGUAGAUAGCCAAGGAGGCGCAUAGUGCCGAGUUGACUAUCAUCAUCUCAUAUGCAACAAGCACAAGUGGAAUAAAACGCCCACAAAUAUCGAGAAUUAUUCCCAACUUUAUUUGUAAAAACAAACCGAUUUUCAGCUUGUUUUUAAUUUUGAGCAGAUGCGGACAGUUACUAUAUUUGGAGAGCAUAGUAUAGUGGCUCAUAUACCAUGAUGGCUAAGCCAAUCAGAGCUCUAGAAUUGCAUUGUAAAUCCAAUGAUUCAGUUUUUAAUUAUGUAAUUUACAUUUUAAUUUCCAACACGUCUUAUCAUGCCACAUGAAUAAUUACAGCUGUUUAAAUGUAAUGGAGACAAAUAAAGACAUAUACCUGCAUGCUUUUUUUUCUGGACAGUUUAUGUGAUAGAAGUUUACACUGGUGAUAAAGCAGGAGCCGGUACUGAUGCUCAUGUGUUUGUUACUCUGUUUGGUAAAAGAGGUCUGACCCCCAAAACACAGCUUAUCAGCAGGUGAGUGUGUUCCUUCACUCCUGAUCAGCUUCAAAUUUCUUUCAUGUUUUCAACUUGAAAACAGUUUGCAGUUUGUAAUGCUGUCCUAUUACACGGUCCUUUUUUGUGCUGAAAUCAGGCAGUUGAUAGCCAAUAAGAUUUAAGAAUUUUGUUAUAGUUAUGAUUAAUAAUUUAAUUUUAAAUUUUAGACAUCUUAUGAUCGACUCCCCUCAGGCCUCGCAAAACACGUGAAUUCCAUCUUGUCCUUUGGUCAAGCAGGUGUCACAUUUUUCUUGCCGUGGUCACUUCUUUCUCGUCUUAGUUGAUGAUUCUGUUAAUGGAUGGCUUACUUGGGCUAAGCGUGCUUUUGGGUAUGCUUUAAAAGUUACUUGCCCAGCAAGAAAUCUACUUUUCGCGCACUACCGGACGGAAAGUUUUUCGAGCCCUGCUCAGGGCUUAUCAAGUACUGAAGUAAUGAGUAAGAGACUACCACACCGGGGACUAUGUCCCAUACUUUUUACAAACAGUGUGUAGGUUCUUUAGAGUCUUACAAUAGGCCACUUGCACUAAGAGGUCACGUAACCAAUACUUCUUUUUCCAAUGAGUUGGAAUCUUUCUGAUGCCAAAAAUUGACAGAGCCCUGUACGGAUUAGGUCUGCAGCCUUGGUGGCAGCAAAAAUAUGUCUUUUAAGAAUAUUGCGAAAAUUGGGCAAUAUUUUAAGAAUAAACCCAAGGCUGAGAUUUUGAAAAGGAUACAAUUUUGUGUGUUGAGAAUCCGUGAAUACAAUACAGUUUUGUUUUUAACUUAACCAUAAAAAAUUCUUCCUUUCUCUAAAUGGGAAAAAGAGCCAACAAAACGAAAAAUCCUGCAAUAACUGUAAUUGAUCAUGAUACCCCAUUACACAUUCUAAAACGGAAAUGUCACAAGCUCUAGUUUGAGAAUAAUACUAGAAUAAAAUCCAGCCUAAAAAUGGCAGAAAAAUAAGAAUAUUCGACCUGGGCCGGAAAAACAACAUUCUUAUAAAAACAAAAGAGUGUACAUAGGUGCAUAUAACUAAAGAACCAGCAAAAGUGUAAUAUCGAUUGUUUUAAUUCAUUUCUGUUUAUGAGCAGGACUGAUGAUGCAUUUGAGCGAAAAAAGAAAGACGUGUUCAAGAUCAAGACAACUGACAUUGGACCACUUAGGAAGUUAACGUAAGAAAAUGUCAAUGCAUACAUGCCAGCCUGCGUCUCAUACGUAAUCUUACUCCGGUUCACCCGGUUAGUAACGUCUGCGAAGCAGUGCCGAUAUCCUUGUUCUAGGCCCCCAACGGACUCAAUGAAAUCACCGGAAAUGCGUUGCGAAUUUCCCUUCAUCCUGAUUGGCAAAUUGACAAUAGAUUUUUUUAAUAAGCCAAUCAUGGUGCGUAAUCAAAUCCUGAUACUCAGGUGGGGGCCCAGAACUAGGAUUUUGGCACUGUUGCGCAGACGGACUUAACCAGAGUUUAGUUUCGCCUGUGGCACAGGCCAGGGCUUCACUGCAACCUUUAAUUUUUUCUAUUAAAAUUAAAUUGUAUUCAACUUUGAUUUAUCACAGCGUGGAGCAUGAUAAUUUUGGUUUUUCCGCUGGAUGGUUUCUAGAUAAGGUGAGUGAGACAGAAUAUACAUUUUCCACUCCCUUUUUUCCCUCUUAAUGUAUAGACUUAAUUAGCUAGGCCUAAACGUGAAACUCCUGUUAAUAUAGUCAUAAUAUAAUUUUAAACCCAAUUAACUUUAAGCCAUGACAAGGAAAACCCUUAACCGCCAAUCUCUGCUUAUCGUAGCUUAAGAAGCCUUCAUUGCACCUUUUUAGGGAAGGGCUGUGUGAUUUAAGAACAUACUAAAACAGAUCUCCCAUCGACCUAAAAAUCGUAUGUUGACAUUAAAAAACAAAACAUCAUGAAUCAAGUUCGAAUACAGUACUGUCGAAGCUCUUGUAGGCCACCACCUCGGAAAUUCGAAAAAGUCGUCUUAACCAGAGCUGGUCGCUUACGAGAAUGAGCUCUCAUAAGCGACCGCUCGGUAAAACAGUAGAGGGUGGUCGCUGACGAGUGCUUUAGAAAGGCAUUAAUAGUUCAUAAAGAAGAAACAAAAGAUUUUAGUGUGUAAUGAGUGUCUUUAUAUCGGAACUGCGCGCGUGCGGAGCCCCAUAGCUAAGUAAAUCUUCCCAUCCUAGAAAAUUUGGUGAUCACGUGACCUUACACCGCUCGAGCGACCGACCGACCGACCGACCGUCCGUCCGCACCACAGGCACACCAAUAUAAAAUAACUCAAUCAACAGGUAUGGCAACCCAAAUGCAGGGGAAGAAAAUCGCAUGACCGCCCGGACUUUUAGAGAGAGAAAAAACAACAACAACAACAAAGUCGUGUCUUUUUCGACGUGACUUUUGAUAUUUACACUCACGUGGAUAACAGAGAAAGAGCUAGAGAGACGAAUUUCGUUGGAAGAAAACGUGAAAAUUUCAUAGCGGCGGUGAGAAAAUGAGAAAUGCUAGCGGCCAGGGGCCGGUUGCUCGAAGCCUGGUUAGCGCUAACCGUUGGUUAAGAGGUAUCAAAAUGUAUAGGUUUCCAUGGUAUUUAACGCUGAUUAGCACUAACCAUGCUUCGAGCAACCCGGGCCAGGUGAAAAUGAGCGGCAGUGAAAAAAUAAAAGCGAACAUGAACACAGGAAACACAAUUCCACCAUAAAAAUAAUGUUCAACGAGGAAGUUUGACGUUUUAGUCGUACAAAACGGCAUUGUAGUCGUGCAAAACAACGGCAAAGAAAGACAAAAAAGCGUGCUGCACGUGCAAAUUUGUUUUUUUGCUUAUUAAGAAAAAAAAGUGUGCUGCACUUGCAAAUUUGUUUUUUUGCUAAUUAGAACUAUUGACCUUGAUGCCAUUUUCAUUGCCGUCCUCGUUUAGCAUUACACGAUUUAUUUUUUUUUGUUUAUAAGUAUUAUUAACCAGAGCUUCGCUUUUAGCCCAAGCUAAAUCUAUAUAUUAUCUGAUAUAGACACAGCUAAAAUUUACGUCCUACUUUUUGGACCUUGAACUUUUACAAAUACAAUACUGUACAGUUCAAGAUCUUUAUCAGCGAACCAUUGACGCAGCAUGCAGUUUCAUUAAAGUAUUGAUCUACGAGAGCUUAAAAACAAAGAAAAAGUCCAGUUGGGUGAUCUCAAACGUGGUCGCGGUGGCUUACGAGAGCGGUCGCUUACGAGAGUCUUUCAUUGCUGCCAGUUUAAGUUACAGUUCAAAUGGGGUAUCACAAAAUUGGUCGUAACUAGAGCUGGUCGGUUACGAGAGUGGUCGCUUACGAGAGUCUUUCAUUACUGCCAGUUUAAGUUACAGUUCAAACGGGGUUUCACAAAAUUGGUCGUAACUAGAGCUGGUCGCUUACAAGAGUGGUCGCAAUGAGAGCUUCGACUGUUGUAGGUUUGAAAAAGAAUUCUUACGACUACUACUUAAUACUUUCCAUACGAACGACUACAACUCUGUAGUCUACACAAACAGCGCGGUACGUGUUUUGUGCAAUGCAUUCACUGAGGCAUUAAAUCUGCGGCGAUGGACUUACAAUACAAAUUAUAAACGUGACAACAAUUUAAAAGGCGAAUCGAAAAUUUCCCUAUAGAUCGAUUUUUUUUUUCCGGCAAGGAUGUAGAAAGUGUUAAAAGACGACCAGAGAAGUGAUCACGGGGGCAACUGUUGCAAAAGGCCUAUUCACCGAAUUUGUUGCCACAAAUUCUCCUAAUGAACUGGCGCGUUAUUUUUGUUUUGUGACCCAACCAAAGCUCUUAAUUAAAAUCGUAGAGCGCGAAAGAUCCGUGAAAACCAAAAAUAUACAACAGCACAGAGCAUAUCACAUCACAAAGAUCAUUCAGUGAAGACUGCAGCAGACGUUGUGUAUUUAUAACGAAAAUAUUAGUGGACGAUCGUCUCAUUUUGAAAUCAUGAUCGUGUUCGCGAUGAUCUAUUGCGUAAAUGUUUUUCUGGGUUUCUUCGGUAACCUCUUGGUCAUACUGGUGGUAUCUAUUUAUCGAAGAUUUUACCACAUGAGAUACUUUCUAUUGGCCAGUUUGGCAUUUUCUGAUUUCCUCUUCACGAAUUUGAUAACCGCUUUUCGUAUGCUGGCCUAUGGUCUAGGUAAGUGGAUUUUUGGUUCACCUUGGUGUUAUGGUACAGCGUAUUUCGCCAGAUUUCUGCACCUCAGCACGGUACUUCAUCUGUGUGCUGUUUCGUACGAGCGAUACGAAGCCAUCUUUAAAAAUCCUCUGACCUAUGACGGCUGCAUCACAAAGAAAAGAGCCAUAGUAAGUAUAACGUUGAUGUGGAUCAUCCCCGCUGGUAUCUCUCUUGGUCCCUUUCUCGGAUGGAGUGACUAUGUGUACAACCCAGCAAUAAUGGUAUGUGAGCAGAAAUGGGACAUGGUAACAACACUGCCGCUCCUAGCAACAACAUUUCUUGUACCGCUUGGAAUAAUUGUCUUCCUAAACUACAGAGUCCUCAAAGUUGUCAGCAGACUUCAGAGUAGUUUCAAAAUAAUUCCAUUCACCGUUGAAGAACAACCAGGAACAGGACAUCCAGGGCAAAAUGUCCAAAACCAGUCCGAGAAGCAAGGCAAAGUAAAGAGAGAGCGAAACAUGCACUUUUCAGGCCUUUUGACAAGAAACGAGGAAGGCGAAACUAUCAAACAGCCUCGCAAACGUCAUGUAAUUAAGCAAGGGACUUUGAAUAAAGGCAGCGUUAAUGCAGAAGAAAGGCAAAAUCCCGCUUUCCAGGAAGAACCUGAAGAAAUUAGGGAGGUAACACACCAACCAGUCUUUGCUCAGAAAAACGAGGGAUCACCGGAAGUUCGGUGUAGCGGCCCAGUGCAAUGGGGUAGUAAAUGUAGUAAACGAACGAUGAAAGAGAUUGAAAGUGUGAAAGAAGGAUUCAACUCAACACUACAACCGACGAAUUCGUCUCCGAAUGACCAAAACAGUUGGUUCGAGGUUCACAUCGUAGAACAUGUUUCGCCUCAACAAACAACUAGCCAGGAGAAACAGCCUCACGAAGAUGACAGUGUGGACUGCAAAACAAUUCCACUUCAAAAGGGGGAGACUAAGAAAACCCAGAAAACGUUAAAAGGAAGCUCAAAAAGCAGAGUGUAUCAAGAAAACACUGGCAGCCUCUACAUCUUUCAAGGAACAACACUAGAAAACAAACGAAGGUCUCAUCAAUCAGAUGCAGAGACGACCAUGAGCCAGCCCCAGGACUGCAAAGCGCCUUCAGCUGAAAAGCCGAGAAACCCGCUUGGAAAAACACAGAAGAGACUUAUCAAGUUGCUUAAAGAAGGAAAGGCAGCCAGAGAUGUCAUAAUCGUUACAGGAGCGUUUCUUCUAUGUUAUCUUCCUUUGUGGGUAUCAGCUUGCUAUCGUACGUUCGGGGGAGAACUAUCCGUAGAGGUAAUAAUUUCAGUCCAUGGUAUUUAUGCCACCACCAUGAUCUGGAAUCCUAUUAUAUACUCUAUUCGUAAAAAAGAUUUUAGGCAAGCAGUCAGAAGGUUACUGAGGUUGUGACAGUUUAUGAUUUUAAAAACAUCAACAUAUCAAAAUCAAUUACAGCAAGAACAGUAAAGAUUGCACAACAAAAGUCCGAUUCCAAAAGUCUCCAUUCAUGUAAAUUGUUGUGUUCAAAGGAAUAGAAAGACGUUUUUUCCCCUUUUUUUCGGUUAUAUUUAAAUACUCUAGGACUUAAGCUCAACAUGUAAGAUUAAAGUGAGCAAUGGUCUUCUGAUUUAUUUAAAACUUCAGCACAGAUCACCUUUCACGGCGGUUUGAAAAAACAACAUCAUUUCAAGGAACAAAACCGUUUUUCCUGUUUACUUAAUUUAGCAGAGUUUCUUAUGUAAGAGGCGGAAAGAUACCAUGCAAUUGUGUAUAUAUUUUAUUCAUUAGCUAGGCAUUGAAAAUUUCGAACGAGGGAUUAAGUUUAUUUUGAUUCUGAUAAAACUUUAUCCGAAACAAUGCCAAUCGUUGGUUACACUGCUCUCAAGCAAACUCGUUUGCCUUAACAUUUUUGAAGCAGACUUAAAGUGUCGAAAGGGAUGGUGUAUUACUUUAUAUAAUCAUGCCUUGGUCUGGACGUUGAUGCAAAAUCAAUAUCCUUGUUCGAUGGAACACGUGGUAUAUUUAAUCUGUCCUGCUAAGAAUCAUACGUUAUAUACCUCUGCAGUACCUUGCCCCAAAUGUUUAUCAGUUUCUGCUAGCACUGACCAGUUAAUAUUUGAGCAAGUCAUAUAUGUAACCUUUGAAGGAAUAAAGUGGAAAAAAAAAACGGAAAACAUGGAUUGGAUUAUUCUGAAGUGUUAUUUUACUUUUUAUAAUAUGUUCAUGUUGUCCUUCAGUUGCAUUUUUAAAAAUUAAAAUAUCGUUCUAUAGGGAUAAUGCCGUCGAUCAGCGAAAGCUUGGAUCUCAAUUUUAUUUUUAAACAGCAGUUUAAGGCUUUAUUAGAACGAUAUUUUAAUUUUUACUUUUUCAUAUUUUGAUGAAAGACUUCCUAGCGGAGGAGUACAAAAGACAGACAUACGCCCAUCCUUUUAAAUUGUCGUGGAUAUCGAAUAAAUGUUUAAGCGGCCCUACGUGUCGACGUUUCCCAGUCUCAUAACUCCGUUGAUCCUAAACUGACUACAAAUUUUCAAAAACAAAAAAAACACGCUGAUUAAAGGCAAGGCAAUGCAUACUACUUCAGGCCUAAGCAGAAAUGAAAGAUACGAAUGAUUGAUUUAUUUGUGUAAAUAUCACAUAAGUGCAUGUCGCCGUUUUCACAAGAUCAUUUCUUUCCUUUCAGUUUCAAUGUUUAAAUUGUCAUGGACAUUGAAUAAAUGUUCAAGUUCAAGCCGUGCCGAUUGUUCCUACGUGUCGACGUUUUCCUGCCACAUAAAUCCGUUGAUCGUAAACUGAAUGCAAUUUUCAAACGCGAGGCAAUGCAUACUACUUCAGGCCAAAGUAGAAAUUAAUGUCACGAAUAAUUGAUUUAAGUGUGCAAAUAUCACAUAAGUGCGCGCGAGCGAAAAGUGUUUUCGCUGUUUUCACAUGACCAUUUUUUUCCUUUCAGUUUGAAUGUUAUUGCCGUUUUUUUUAAUCUGUUGUUAUUGAUUUUCUGAUAAUGGAAAUCAAAGUUCAAUAAUUCUUGUCGAUUUUGUGUAAAAAGACUGAUAAAGCGUACAAAUGCCCCCAAAGCAUUGAAAUCCUAUAAUUGGGGUGUUGUUUGUUUAUUUGUUAAAAGAGCCAUACUACUCAAGGAAGAUCAGUGACAAGAACAUCUGCCCUGAUUUUUAAAUUGGAUGGUGCAUUAUAAAAGACUUUGUUAUGUUUAGUAUGCGCGUCAAGAUGACAACUCUGCCGUACCAAAAUAUGCAACAACUGAUCACGUUAAUUGUCCUUUAAAUUUUACAUAAUCGGGUAGGGCGCGAGUACUAGCGGGGAUACUGUUUCAUAUCUUUGCACUAAUUCUUGAAAAAAAUUUUAUAUGGUAAGUUGUUAAUUUCGCCCCAUUAAUUAGCAUCAGGUCUUCUCGGUAACGGUGCCUUAACCUGUAGAGGGCUGCAGUUUUGACGUCAUUUCCUCGUUAAACACAAAAUUCUUCCAAAUUUGGUCAUCACUAACUGGUUAUGGUGAAUCAUGCGUGUGCUUUUAGCCAAUCAGAAUCGGGGAAAUAUUUUGAAUGAAUAAUAAUGUAAGGUAAUCCAAGGACAGCCUUGGAUUCUGGAUUUUACUUUGUGGAUUCCCGAUUCCUUGAGCUGAAUUCUGGAUUCCAAAGUCCAGGAUUCCGGAUUCCGCAAGCAAAAUUUUCCAGAUUCCGGAAUCCGGAUUACCAUGUAAAGCAUUGCAAUGGUCAGCUGUGUUAUUGAAAUCCGAACAAGAGUGAGGGCAAAAUUUUCUUGUUCUACUAACUUAAGGCGAGAUUUAAAGUGGUAUAUGAAUGAACUAGGUACGCGAGCAGCAACAAACGAAUUUGAUUGUUUUAGAAAACACUCACCGUAUUCCAAGCUAACCUGCGAUCACGCCCUCCCUUUAUCUCCCCACCCACUUCCCCCGCCCACCCCCCUUAAAAAAGCAAAAGCAGUUUUCCAUAAUUUGGGGCAACGAAUACUGAGUUGAGAUUGGACUCCAGAGAACGGCACUUUUCCCCUGCCAGGGUUUUCUUAGCAGAAAAACGGCAAGACGAUGUUUGGUUAAUUUUAACUACAUGCUUAUAGAACAAUUAGUGAACACUUGGGAAAGCCAUUGUUCACGGUGAAACGAAAAUCAGUCUAAAAUAUAAUGUGCUUCUUCUUUUCAGAUAAUAGUGUAUUGUCGUGAAAGAGAAGAUCGGAGGUUCUACUUUCCAUGUAACCAGUGGCUAGCUAAAGAUGAAGGAGAUGGGCUGAUAGUGCGUCAACUGACAGCAACAACUGACUCCUCAGCUGCUUUUGAAGGUCAUUAAUUUGAAUCUAAAACGACCGAAUUAUUGGCCACUUUAGAAACGCGAAGGGAACUGGAGCCGAAAUGUGUCCCGCAGUUAAUUCUGGGAUCGUUACUGGGGACACACGGGUCAGCUAUUAGGGACUUUAAGAUCCAACGACGCGACGGCAACGCGAACCUCCAAAAACCAAUAGAUUUAACAAGCAAAACGACAACUUUGCACGUGCAUCUCACUUUUUUGUACAUUUCUUCGCCCUUUUUGCACGACUAGAACGUGAGAAUCCAAUUUCGUGUUUUAUGAAGAACGUAAACAAGCAACGACGAUUUUUUUUUCUCUUCCUGAACUUGGAUAUGGCCCCCUUUGAAUUCAACUUCAGUAGAGUUUGCCUACACUUGACAAAGUAAGUGGGUAGGAAUAAUUGCGAUAAAGACUGAGAGAAUGCAAGUUCACUUUUAAAGCGACGUUCUCGUUGCCGUCACGUCGUUGGAUCUUAAUAGAGAGUUUUAGAUCGGAGUUUACAUCUAACCGAACAUCUAACCGCGGUUUGCGGUUACCCGUUUGCGGUUCGACAUUCAAACAUAAAUCGAUUUAGAUUGGCGGUGGAUUAAAGAAGUGGAUUCUGUUUUUUUUUUUUUUCAUUUAGAAAUAGAAGAAAAAUCAAUCAGUGAAAAGAAAAGAAAUUUACGGUAACACUGGGUUAUCUAGCAGCAAAGAGCUGUAAAUUCUUACAUUAGUUCUUCUUGCAAUUUUACGGCCGCCAGUUUGAAUCAGCAGCCAUGAAUGACACUUGUUUUCAAGAUCCAAUAGGAUUUAUCAAAUUGAGCAUUUCGCCCGAAUUUGUGCCUCUGUUAAUGGAUAAAGACUUGCUCCACACGAUUUUUGUAUCAUUACGUGGGAUAAAACAAGAAUUAUACGCUAAAAGCUUUCAGGUAAAUGACAUACGUGAAAACCUAUCUCCCCACGUUGAAAACCCACGUCGUAAACCUCAAACGUGACGCGAAAGACUUGUCACGUGACCUCCAGCGGUUAGAGGUUCGCGGUAAACUCGGAUCUAAAACUCUCUAAUGUCCCUUUUUUCCCUGUCCGUCGUAACCGUACCAGACGUCUUUGCGAAAGUUAACUCGGCCCAAGCCCCUUCUCGUUUCUAAGGUGGCGAAUAAUAAGAAAGAUCUUUUCAAUAGAGGAGAACUUGCAAGAGUAAUUUAGGCAAACUUUCGGCGUUUUUAAAUAGUUUGCGUUUUCGGCGAAAGGUGGCGAAAUAAUUAGCAGUAAUAUUUCGGCGUAUUUGUCAGCCUCGUGACAGCUAAAUUUCGUAAGCUCAGCAGAAAAUCGUAGUGAUAGUUGAUGGCCUGAGACGAAGCAUCAUUUCGUUUCCUCUGGAAGAAAAUUCGUCUUAUAACGCAAAAGUUUGUUUCAGCAUAGCAGUUGUGAACGCAAUUUAUGCAAUUGCGUAAGAAGCCUGAAAAAAAUUCAGGACUUCAACGGGUUUUGAUCGCAGGUCACGGGUUCAAACCCCGUUGAAGUCCUGAAUUUUUUUUCAGGCUUCUUACGCAGUUGCAUAAAUUGAUUUUCAUUUCCGCAGUUCAUAUAUGAUUUAUUUCAUAUACAUCGAUCAUAAUAAUGUUGGUUUGAUGCGGACCUGGUUCUAUAGCUAUGUACAUCGGUCGUUAGCUUGAACAUACUUCUCAGGUUACUUGGAACAGUUUGGUGAUGAACGUCAAAUAUCGUCAGGCUACGACCAGUCCCUGUGUUGCGUGGCAACAAUUUGUCGCCCAAUGUGUUCCGACUUUAGAAGUGAGUUCAUUGCUUCUUUUCCAGGCCAUCCUUACCUGGUUCACACAUUCACUGGUGACAAGAGAGGGGCUGGGACUGACGCAAAUGUAGUCAUUACAAUAUUUGGAGAAGAAGGUGACUCAGGAGAGAAGAAGUUGGAGAACGCAAGGAAUAAUUUUGAGCGUGCAAAGUAAGUUUGGAUAGAUUAUAACUUCAUAGUAUAUUCUUGCAUUGUUAUCUACUGGGGCAUUUCAAAACCAUUGCAAAUUGAAAAGAUCCCUUUUCAGCCCCAAAGAGUCAAUUUAGCCCUGCAGGCUAAAAGUCUGAUUCAGCCCCUUCUUUGAGCACAGUUUAAGCCAAACAGCCCCAUGAAAUGCCUUUUCCAGCGCACGCUGGGACGCGUUUCAACUUUUGGGUCCAAAUCAGCCCGAGGUAAGACUAACUGGACUAUAUUAUGAGACGUUCUUAGUUAGUUCGUCAGGAAGGAACGCACCAUGAAGACCUAUGAACGUCUUGAUGAUAAGCGCGGCCAAAUUUAAUAGAUCCCCCCAAAAUAGCACUGUAUUUUACUCACCGAAACGGUCCCAUUUUUAAGGCUAAAACAGACCUUUUUUUUAUUUACAGUGUGUCCACCACCAGAAAGUUGGGGUGAAACUUGAGAAUUGUAUAACUUUUUCUUAUUGUGUGGAUUCAUUUUUCUAGGAAAGAUUCUUUCAAGGUAAUCUGUGGAACAUACCUUGGACGACUGACCAAGAUAAGAAUUGGACACGACAACAGUGGUCUUGGUCCUGGCUGGUUUCUAAACAAGGCAAGUCUGAUGUAUUACUUUAUGCACGUUUUGACUUCUGGAGAACGUUAUGGAUACACGGAGGGCGACUAAACAGUGUAUUUACCUGAUUCUAUAAAGGUUGCUUUGGGUAUUGAGCAAUUGCGAACUGGGAAGUGGUCACUCACGCAAAGUAUUACAGUGAGUUCUGUAUGCCCAAAUACCCAUUACCCAAUUGUCAAUGAACAAUUGCCAAAGCAGCCUUUAUUGAAUUACAGUGCAACCUCGAUAUAAUGAAUGGCCGAGACUGGCUAUAUUUAUAUUCUAAUCACACUGAAACGAUUAUAAAAUAUUUUGUAACUAAUCUAAAUAAUCACAAAACACAGAAUAGGAGCGGGCAUCUCGUUUAUUGAUCAAGCGAGCGCAAAACGUUACAAAAACAGCAUUUCAUGAUUAGUUUUACAAACUCAGAGAAAAUUACAACCGUAAAUAAAAUAAAAAACUAGGGUAGAAAAAGAUGCCUCGAAUGGCUCUUGCAUAACUUAACAAAUCUUAAAUAGUGUACUAGCCCCUUGAGACUCCUUACAAACACGCCUUAAAUACUUCAGCAGUAUUAUGCAACCUAAUAUACAUACUCUUGUGAAACUAACAAAACGUUACAAAAUAUAUUUAUAUUCUAAUCACACUGAAACGAUUAUAAAAUAUUUUGUAACUAAUCUAAAUAAUCACAAAACACAGAAUAGGAGCGGGCAUCUCGUUUAUUGAUGCCCGCGUUCGAAAAUAAAGAAAGAGAAAUGGCAAACUAAAUAUGUAAACUUUUAGACACUGAGAGAAGAGAAUCUAGUUUGUCCUUAAUAUAACCGUCUUUAGCUUGAUCCGUUUUCCACCUUCCAUGACGCUUAAAAAGCCGAUCGCUAACGCCUGCGUUAGCGGCCGCGGAAGCACNAUGAAAUGCCUUUUCCAGCGCACGCUGGGACGCGUUUCAACUUUUGGGUCCAAAUCAGCCCGAGGUAAGACUAACUGGACUAUAUUAUGAGACGUUCUUAGUUAGUUCGUCAGGAAGGAACGCACCAUGAAGACCUAUGAACGUCUUGAUGAUAAGCGCGGCCAAAUUUAAUAGAUCCCCCCAAAAUAGCACUGUAUUUUACUCACCGAAACGGUCCCAUUUUUAAGGCUAAAACAGACCUUUUUUUUAUUUACAGUGUGUCCACCACCAGAAAGUUGGGGUGAAACUUGAGAAUUGUAUAACUUUUUCUUAUUGUGUGGAUUCAUUUUUCUAGGAAAGAUUCUUUCAAGGUAAUCUGUGGAACAUACCUUGGACGACUGACCAAGAUAAGAAUUGGACACGACAACAGUGGUCUUGGUCCUGGCUGGUUUCUAAACAAGGCAAGUCUGAUGUAUUACUUUAUGCACGUUUUGACUUCUGGAGAACGUUAUGGAUACACGGAGGGCGACUAAACAGUGUAUUUACCUGAUUCUAUAAAGGUUGCUUUGGGUAUUGAGCAAUUGCGAACUGGGAAGUGGUCACUCACGCAAAGUAUUACAGUGAGUUCUGUAUGCCUAAAUACCCAUUACCCAAUUGUCAAUGACCAAUUGCCAAAGCAGCCUUUAUUGAAUUACAGUGCAACCUCGAUAUAAUGAAUGGCCGAGACUGGCUAUAUUUGUCUUCUGUAAUGAGGUUCCAUUAUAUCGAAGUUUUUUCCAUAUAUUUUACUAUUACUGGGGGUAAACAAAAUUGUUCGUUAUACCGAAGACUACGUUAUACAGGGGUUCGUUAUAUCGAGGCUCCUCUUUAUACUUUGUUUCAAUGUUAUUCUUAGUUCCAAUUUUGUCUUCCUUUGUUUCAAACUGACUAGCAUACAUUACUUCACCCAAAAACGAAGGCAAAUUAAAUUUAAAUCGAAAUAAAUUAAACCACAACAUGUAAAUAAAUUCAUCUCACGACCUGUUUAUGAAAUGUAAGUUAGUUGCGAGCUAUAUAUCAUGCAAGUUACCUCAUCUAUGGCAUUUGACUUGCAAUGAAAGGCUUUUGGUUAAACACAAAAUAAAACUUACCGUUGACGUGAUAUAUGCAACUGGUUUCAGAAAGGAAACGUCACACAAGACACGAAGAACUUUAAAUAAUAUUUGUUCAUUUAUCAAAUCGUUUCUUGCAAACCUGUUUUAGGUAACUGUUGAAGACCCUAAGACAGGUGAGGCAGUCGACUUCCCAUGCCGACGAUGGUUAUCAAGAACUGAAGAUGACAGACAGAUUUCUCGUGAACUGAUCAGAGGAGAUACUAAAGAUGAGGACAUGAUUGUUGAUAAAGGUAAUUAUAAGCCACAGUCUUGUUGGCUUUAAACUAAUCCUCGUUACUUUUUUGUACAACUGUGGAACAGGAUCACGCUUGAUCCUUUUGAUUUUUACCAUCUGCCGAGAAGCCGUAGCUUUGUUAGCCUCCCACGUAGAUGUUCUUAGGGGUUUGUCACGCAUUCCUGCCCCACGGGGAGGAGGGGUAGGAAGGAUUGGGGAGUAUUGCCUGACCAGCCAAAAGAACGUGUGCAGGGGAAGUUAUAGCUAUAGGCGGGCUUAAGGUCUAAAAUAGAUUCUGGAGUAAGGAUAUUGAAUUGCGAUAAUGAUAUAUGAAAUAAAUCAUAUAUGAUCUGCGGAAAUGAAAUGAAAAUGAACAAAUGAUCGUCGCAGUGAACGCAAUUUAUGCAAUUGCGUAAAGAAGCCUGAAAAAAAAAAUUAGUACUUAAACAGGGUUUGAACCCGUGGCCUCGCGAUACAGGUGCGAUGCUCUACCAACUGAGCUAUGAAGCCACUGACGUUGGGACCAGGUCAUUUGUGGGUUCAUAUGUUCCCGUGAAAGAAAUGAGUGUUAAUGAUAUAUGAAAUAAAUCAUAUGAGCUGCGGAAAUGAAAUGAAAAUGAAGAAAUGAUCGUCGCAGUGAACGCAAUUUAUGCAAUUGCGUAAAGAAGCCUGAAAAAAAAUUCAGGACUUCAACAGGGUUUGAACCCGUGACCUCGCGAUACCGGUGCGAUGCUCUACCAACUCAGCUAUGAAGCCACUGACUUUGGGAGCAGGUCAAUUUUGGGUUCAUAUGUUCCCGUGAAAGAAAUGAGUAUUAAUGAUAUAUGAAAUAAAUCAUAUAUGAACUGCGGAAAUGAAAUGAAAAUGAAGAAAUGAUCAUCGCAGUGAACGCAAUUUAUGCAAUUUCGUAAAGAAGCCUGAAGCGUGAGACCCUAAUGUAGAUGCAGCCUGAGAUUCCUCCAAAAACACGUUACCAGGUGGGGAAUGCCCAGUGUUAAGAGUGUCUGACGUUGAAAUUUCUCUUCACCAUCCCGAUUUAUUUCCUUUAGGAAUCCCAUAUCAUAUUCAUGUCACCACCGGAGAUGUCAGAAAUGCUUCGACUAACGCACGCGUAUACGUGAUACUUCAUGGAGGAGAAGACGGAGAAAGCAACAGCGGCAAACUCUGGCUGCAGAACGAGAAAAAAGACAAUUUUGAGAGAGGAAGAACAGACAUAUUCACUGUUGAAACAACGGACAUGUUGAGUCCCUUACAUCACUUGACAAUUGGCCAUGAUAACAGUGGACUUGGUGCAGGGUGGUACUGCGAGAAGGUAAACUGUCAAGUCAUCACUCAUGCUUUUUACUACUCACAUGAUCUGAGGUCACCACUUACCUCGUCUUCGUGCCUGCUCGGCCUCCACUUUGGUUAACUUGUCUACUCUUCUGGGUCAUUAAAAUACUGAACUUUUUUUCCGUUUCACGUUUUGUGGCUCUGGUUCCCAAAGUAGGCGAACUGAUCAGACACGUAACGUCAAUGAUCUUAAUGCGAAAUUAUAGGGCGUGUUGUGAGAUCUGGUGGUUCAGAUGUUUACUAAAACAGGAGUAUUUUAGGUGCUUCCUGGGGUGUGAACUUGUCUGUAGAGAGGAAGGGGAGGGGUUGGGGUUGGACUUGCGACACCGUGACUUAGUGUUCCAAAUCAAGGGUCAGUAAAGAUGGUGGACAUACUUGUUCAUAUUUCUUCCUAGGUGGUAGUUGACUGCCCUAGCAGUGGACACCAACAGAUAUUUUUGUGUCAGAAGUGGCUGGCAGACGAUGAAGGAGACCAGUUAAUGGAGAGAGAUCUUUACGAAUCCGAGGACAUGAGACUCAAGAGAAGGCCAAGUAUGUUUUCAAUUUUAUUUCGUUUGUUCUUCUGUUUAUUCCAUUCCCCCUUUUCAUUUUGCUUUAAACUACGGUUCAGUCAUUUAUGAUUUCUUAAAAUUACUGCGAAAGAAGGUGAGGUAAGUAAUAAAAAGACGUUUAGUUUCGGGUUGCAAUUUUGUGUGUAGCAGGUUACAUGCUACAAAUAUUUGUUGUGCCACAAUGUACCCUUUGUUGAAGUUGUUAUUUUCCUUUGUUUUUAGCGAAUAGCAAUGAGGAUAAAACAUAUCUUUAGGCCGUAAAGAAAAAAUUACAAUUGCGUGGACUUUUUGUAGCCUCAAAAUGGUCAAUCCUGCGUUCCUAAGUUACAUUUCCAACUUCUAAGGAAGUUUUACCUUGCACUCUACCGCGUGUACUUCUUCUCUUUGGUUUUAAGACAUUUUUUUUUUCGUUGUAGAAACUGUAUGGAAUGUUUGGGUGUGGACGAGUGACAUGCGGGGUGCUGGUACCGACGCUAAUGUGUUUGU